CUCCUGGUCACUUCCCCACAUUCAACGAGGAGUUCGACAUCUGGCUCACUGUCUUCUUCUUCACCCCAAGUCCUGACAUCAUUCUGGAUUUCCUUGCCACUUGGGCUUCAGCAGGAUCCCUGAUAUUGUCAUUUUAGGGACUCUCUCCACACAAUCCUGUGGCCAUGGCAGAUAUGUCAAUGACCUUACACUCACAGCAAUACAACAAUAUGCUGAGGGAGGAAAAUGUUGACCCCUCAAACAGGGGGACAACUUUCUCUGGACCAAUGACAGAAACUAGGGAAGAUGUCCAAAUUCUGCAUUCUCAUGUCGAGUUGCCUAUAGCCUCAACUUCAGCCUCAGAUCCUGGAGGGAUGUCUGCACAGAUCAUGACAACCCCAGCUUUUGACACCAUGUCCUCACCUCUAUUGGGAGCACCAAACUCUGGAGCAAUGUCCCCACUGAUGAUGCCAGCCUCAGACUCUGGAGGAAUGUCCCCAUUGCUAAUGCCAGCUUCAGAUUCUGGGGUACUAUCCCCACUGCUAAUGACAGCCUCAGACUCUGGAACACUGUCCCCACUGCUAAUGCCAGCCUCAGAUUCUGGAACACUGUCUCCAUUGCUGUCCACUGCAGACUACGGAUUAAUGUCCCCAGGGCUGAUGACAAUUCCUGACUUUGGAACGAUGUCCACAGCACUAAUGGCAGCAUCAGAUUCUGGAGAGAUAUCACCAUUGGCAAUGCCAGCUUCAUCUUCUGGAGCAAUGUCUACACCUAUCAUGAGGACUCCAUCCUCUGAAUCAGUAUCUACACCAUUAAUGCUAGCCCAAGAUACUGGAGAUACAUCCCCACUGCCGAUGCCAGAUAUAAAUCCUGGGGUGAUGUCCACACAGCAAAUGUCAGCUCCAGGCUCUGAAGCAAUGUCCCCAUUGCAAAUUACAGAUGAAGACACUGAAGCAAUGUCCAAAGUGCUAAUGAUGGCCCUAGCCUCUGGAGAGAUAUCUUCACUGCUAAUGUCAGGCACAGACUCUGAAGCGAUAUCUUCGCUGAUAAUGUCAGCCCUAGGUUCUGGAGCAACACCAACCCAGCCAACAAGCACCCAAGACACUGGGAGAAUGUCAGGCUCAGACUCUGGAGCAAUGUCUUCACUUCUAAUGUCAGUUCCAGCCUCUGCAGCAAUGUCCACACUGCUACCAUCAGCCCCAGAUGCUGGAGAAUUGUCUGCAUUACUAAAGCCAGCCCCAGACUCUGAAGAAACGUCCCCACUGCUAAUGACAGCCCUUACUUCUGAAGUGAUGCCCACCCAGCAAAUGCCAGCUCCAUGCUCUGGAGUGUUGUCACAAAUGUUGACACAAAAUCUAGAAACUGAAAUCAUGUCUACUCCACCAAUGAGAGCAACAGCCACUGGAGUAAUGUCCACACCAGUAAUGAGACUCCCAGACUCUGGAGGUUCAUCUGCAUUGCUAAAGAAAGUCCCAGCUUCUGGAGCUCCGUCUACCCCGCUGAUGUCAGUAACGACCUCUGGAGCAAUGUCCAUGGAACAAGUGUCAGCCACAGCCUUGAGGGUAAUGUCCACACAGUUAACAAUGCCCCAAACUUCUGGAGCAAUAUCCACAGAGUUUAUGAAACACACAGCCAUUGGAGCAAUGUCCUCACAGCGAAAGAGACCCUCAGCUGCUGGAGUGAUGGCCACAACACUGAGAGCCCCAGCUUCUGGAGCAAGGUCAGUGCAGCUAAUUACAGACACAGCCUCUGAAACAGUGUCCAUGCCACAGCUGGCAGCCCCCACCUGUGGUUCAAUGCUGCAAAUGAGAGCCCCAGUCUCUGGAGCAAUGUCCAUGUCACAAAUGAGAGCCACAGCCUCAGGAGUGAUGUCUACACCACAAAUGAGAGCCAAGGCCUCUGGAGCAGUGUCCACCCCACUAAUGACAGCCAAAGCCUCUGGAUCGAUGUCCACACGGUCAAUGAGAGACACAACCUUGAGAGCAUUGUCCGUGCCACGAAUGAGAGCUACAGCCUCUGGGGCAUUGUCCAAGUCACUAAUGACAUCUAAAGCUUCUGGAGCAAUGUUCGCACAGCAAAUGAAAACCACAACUUCUGGUGAAUUACCUGCAAUGCUAAUGAGAGACACAAUUUCUGGAAGUAUGGCCACACCACAAACAACAGGCACAGCUUCUGGAGGGUUGUCCAUGCCACUAACAAGGGUCCCAGCCUCUAGAGCAAUAUCUACCUCACAAAUGACAGCCACAGCCACUGGAGCUAUGUCCAUGCCACUAAUGAGAACAGCAGCUCCUGAAGCAAUUCCCACAUCACUCAUGAGAGGCACAACCUCUGGGAAGAUGUCCAGUCAGUCAAUGGGCACCCAGUACUCUGGAGGGAUGUCUUCACUGCAGAUGAGAGCCCCAGCCUCUGAGGUGAUGUCCAAACCAAAAGUGAGAGCCCCAGCCUCUGGAUCAAUGUCCACACCACUAAUGAGAGCCUCCAACUCUGGAGAGAAGUCCACACCACUAAUGAGAGCCCCAGCUUCUGGAGAGAUAGCCACACCUCUGAGAGCCCCAGCUUAUGGAGCAAUGUCUACUCCACGAAUGACAGCCACAGCCUCUGGAAUGAUGUCCAUGCCACAAAUGAGAACUCCAGUUUCUGGAAUGAUGUCCACACCACUAGGGAUAUCCACAGCCUCUGAAGCUAUGUCUGUGCCUCAUAUGUCAGCCGCAGCCUCAGGAGGGCUGUCCAUGCCACUAAUGCAAACCACAGCCUCUGGAACAAAUUCCACACCACAGGUGACACCCACAGCUUCUGGAGGGAUGUGCACAGUGUCAAUGCGAGCCCCAGUCUCCAAAGUUGUGCCCUCACCACUAGUAAAAGGCCCAGCUUCUGGAGCCAUGUUCCCACCACCCACGAGACCCUCAGCCUCUGAAGCUAUGCCCGCGGAGCUAAUGAGUGCUCCAGUCCCUGGAGAGAUGUCCCCAGCACAAACGGCAGCCAUGGCCUCUGCAAGGAUGUCUAAGCCAUUAAUGAGAGCCACGGCCUCUGGAACAAUGCCCAUGCCAUUGGUAUCACCCAUGGCUUCUGGAGAGUUGUCUAUGCCGCUAAUGAAAACCAUGGCCUCUGGAGCAAUAUCCACACUGCAAAUGAGAGCCUCAAGCUCUGGAUCUAUGUCCAAGCCACAAAUGACAUACACAGCUUUUGGAGGGAUGCCCACACCACCAGAGAGAACCUCUGCCUCUGGAGCAAUUUCCACACCACUUAUGAGAGUUUCACCUUCUGGAACAAUGUCCAUGCCACUACUGACAGCCACAGCCUCUGGAGAGAUGUCUGUGCCGCGAAUGACAGCUACGGCUUCUGGGGGAAUGUCAACACCACGAAUGAAGGCCCCAGCUCUGGGAGCACUGUUCUCACCACAAAUGGCAGGCACAACCUCUGGAGUGACACCCACUCUGGAAAUCAAAGCCACAGACUCUGGAGAGACAUCCACUUCCAAUGCCACAGCUUCUGGAUCCAAGUCCAUACCUCACAUGAGAGCCACAACCCCCGAAACAGUGAACCCACCGCCAAAGGAAGUCCCAUCCUUUGGAAUGUUGACCCCAGCACUCUGUUACCUCCUAGAAGAGCAGGAAGCAGCCUGGGGUUCAUGCUCUGAGGAGGAGGACCUGGAGAUUGAUGAGGAGAAGCAGAUGAAGGAUUUUUUGGAUGAUUCAGAGAAAAUGGCAUUUCUGGUGUCUCUUCAUCUGGAGGCAGCAGAGAGGUGGUCCGUCUUGCAGAUGGAAGUAGAAAGCGCCCUCUCAGAUAAAAAUAUAUCUUUCCUGACCAGAUCGCAGGGCUUGUAUGACUCCCUGUCCGAGGUAGACAUCCUCAGCGCUGUUCUUUGCCAUCCCAAGCAGGGCCAGAAGUCAGUCAGGCAGUAUGCCACUGACUUCCUACUGCUGGCCCGACAUUUGUCUUGGUCUAAUGCCAUUCUACGGACCAGGUUUCUGGAAGGACUCUCAGAAGCUGUUACUACCAAAAUGGGCCAGAUCUUCCUGAAGGUGGCCAGCAGCCUGAAGGAGCUGAUAGACAGGUCUCUCUACACCGAGUGCCAGCUGGCUGAAGAGAAGGAUUCCCCAGGCAACUCAAGCCAGGUUCUGUUAUCAGCCUGUAAGCGAAAUAAUGAAGAGACAAUGGAGAAUGAACUGAAUGCUGAUCAGCAGACUGAGGAGGUACAGCAUGUUCCCAAACGUUGUUGCUACCUGAAAGAGCAUGGUGACCCUCAAGAAGCUCUUCAAGACCACCUUCGACAGAGCACUGGCUACUGGAAGGCCUCUACUGACAAGUAAUUCUCACUGGACUCUUCUGUGGUAUCUGACUCUGCUGCUAACUUGAGAACUGGUUCCUGGACUGAUUCCAUUCAAUUAUAUCAUAAACCUUGUUGCCUUCUCCCUUCAGCUUCCCCCUCCAGGAAGAUCC